ACCAAAAAUUGGAAACACCAUGGGACGUCCAACCGCCAAGAAGCUUGUGCGACUCAUCAUGGCCAUCGUGGUUAACAUAGCCAUCUUUUUAGCAGCGACUGCGUCCUCGUCAGUACCUCCUCAAGCCAAAGUCGGGUGCAAAAGUAAGUGUGGGAACUUGGAAAUUCCAUAUCCAUUCGGGAUAACCGAAAAAUGUUAUCUCAACAUUAAUUUCUCAAUCGAAUGCCGCACACAACACAAUCGUGAAAUGCCAUUCCUAAUGAAAAGCAACAUUGGAGUAACUAAUAUAUCGCUGCAUGGGGAGAUCCACGUCUUGAACUACGUAGCCCGAGCUUGCUCCAAAAGCGAUGGCUCUCUUUAUUCCAACAAACCCUAUAUUACGGUCCCCAUGUUCACAAUUUCCAACACCAAGAACAAGUUCACUGUCAUCGGCUGCGAUACUUACGCCUAUAUUUUUGGUAAAGUCGACGGGGAAUCCUACAGAAGUGGGUGCAUGGCGUUGUGUGGAAACAGUACAGAAAGUAUAAAAGAUGGGCCAUGCUCCGGGAGUGGGUGUUGUCAGUUGGAGAUUCCUGAAGGCCUAAAAAGAAUAGAUUUGGUGGUUGGAAGCUUUAAUAACUAUACUACCGUAAACGAAAGCAUCAAUCCAUGUGGGUAUGCUUUUGUAAUCGAAGAAAACAGUUUUGAGUUCAAAAAAGAUUAUCUCACAAACUACACGGAAGAGGAAGUCCCGCUUGUGCUUGAUUGGCGCAUAAAAAGUGAUACUUGUCCAACAGACAAAUGUCUAUGUGGACCAAAAAGCCAAAUGAUAAUGAAUGGAUCUGAAUAUUAUUGUCAGUGUCAGGAUGGUUUCCACGGAAAUCCUUAUCUCGACCACGGUUGUCAAGAUAUAAAUGAAUGCGAGGAAGGAUCCAAUCUGUGUGUACCCGACGCUUCGUGUGAAAACGCACCAGCGGGAAACUAUACCUGCCAUUGUCCUGAGAAGUAUGAAGGAGAUGGAAGACAUGGGGGAACAGGUUGCAGACAAAAAUAUUCCAACUCCAAGUUGAUUCAAAUUGCCAUUGGAACUGGAGUUGGAUUCACAGUUUUUCUAAUUGCUAUUUCAUGGUUAUACUUGGGUUACAAGAAGUGGAGGUUCAUCCAACGGAAAGAAGAGUUUUUCAAGAAAAAUGGAGGCACCAUGCUUCAACAACACCUUUCUCAGUGGCAAUCACCGACUGAUACAGUUAGAAUUUUCAGCCAAGAGGAGUUGGAGAAAGCUACAAACAAGUUCAAUGAAAGCACGGUGGUAGGAAAAGGCGGCUAUGGCACCGUUCACAAAGGAGUCUUAGCCGAUGGUUCGGUUAUCGCCAUUAAGAAAUCACAAUUAGUUGACCAAUCUCAAACUUCCCAAUUCAUCAACGAAGUCAUUGUUCUGUCCCAAGUCAAUCACCGUAACGUGGUCAAGCUCUUAGGGUGUUGUUUAGAGACAGAAGUUCCAUUAUUGGUGUAUGAGUUCAUCACCAAUGGCACACUCUUUGAUCACAUCCAUGAUCGGACCAUUAAUAACAUAUCUUGGGAAGCUCGCUUGAGAAUAGCUUCUGAAACUGCAGGGGUCAUUUCGUAUUUGCAUUCUUCAGCCUCUACUCCAAUUAUCCACAGGGAUAUCAAAUCCACUAACAUACUUUUGGACAAUAAUUUGACUGCAAAGGUGUCGGAUUUCGGCGCCUCCAAGUUGGUUCCAAUGGAUCAAACUCAAUUAUCCACCAUGGUGCAAGGGACUCUUGGAUAUUUGGAUCCAGAAUACUUGUCGACCAGUGAGUUGACGGAGAAGAGCGAUGUGUACAGCUUUGGAAUAGUGCUUCUAGAGCUUAUAACUGGAAAGAAGGCUGUGUCUUUUGAUGGGCCAGAAGCGGAGAGGAAUCUAGCCAAGUAUGUCCUUUGUGCAAUGAAAGAAGAUCGUUUAGCAGAAGUUGUGGAUAAGAAAAUGGUGAUGGAUGAAGGGAAGUUGAAUCAAAUAAAAGAAGUAUCAAAGAUAGCGAAAGAGUGUGUGAGAGUAAGAGGGGAGGAGCGACCCAACAUGAAAGAGGUGGCUAUGGAGUUGGAGGGAUUAAAAGUGAUGCAGGUUAAACACUCAUGGAUUAACAACAAUUUAUCCAACUCAGAAGAGAUGAUCAGCUUAUUGGAUGAAACUUCAAACUCCACCCAAUUUCUUCUCAGCAGUAGUAUGAAUCCUACAAACGAUAAUAGUAUAACAACCCACAUUUUGACUACACAUAUCCCAGAUGCAAGAUGAUUGGUGCAAUGUUUCUGUUACAAUGGACAGAUGGACUGUUUUAUAAAUUAUUAGCCAAUAUUUGUUGGAAUAGUUCUGGUUAUUCUAAAUUUCAUAUUAUCUUUCUUAGAUACUGAAUAUUGUGUACCUUUCUAUCGUUGGAAGCCUGUGAUGAAUACAUGUAAUGCCCCAAAAUAGCCCCAAGUAAUUUUAAUUAUAAUUAUCUUAAGUUUAAUUUUAACUAUUUUUGAAUUA